CAUAAGCAAAGUUUACCCUACGAACACAAAUUUGUAAUCAAGGUAUAUUGAUGAAAAAGUUUAAUGGAUAGCUUGUAAUUUUAAUAAGAGAGCACAGAAUCAGUUAGUUUCCGUAUUAAACGAAGCGUAACCUUGGAGGGGGUAGGUUGCCCGAUAACAUAAACUCGCUCCAGCCCCUUCGCGCUCCCUCAUCCAAGAUGGCAGCUGUCUUGAAACGAUCCAAAGGUCAGGUGAGUAUUUAUUGCUCGUACCCACAAAGUACGCCUGUAUUACUUUAAAAAUAUGCCGGCUAAAACAGAUAUGAAUCUAUUUGCAAAGGAACAUCCAAAAUUGUAAAAUAGCGCGACACUUUCCCUUCUCACCUUCCUCCAUGUUUCCCACGUGUACGACAAAACUCAGUUCCAGUGGGGUGGUCCAUAGGGGUGGUCCAUGGACCGGGUCCAUAGGGGGUGGUCCAUGGACCCCGGUCCAUGUUUUGUAUACGUCCCAUUUGAAGGAUGAGUCGCCCAAUAAAGCGUUGACGAUUUCUUUCAACGGCUGGACAGGAUCCGGAAAGAACUUUGUGAGCCAGAUCAUUGCCAAACACAUCUUCAAGAGGGGCUUGAAAAGUGAUCAUGUUCAUCUGAUUAUAGCUACCCAUGAGUUCCCUCUUCAGUCAAAAGUUGACUUUUACAAGCAACGGCUGCGCGAUCGAGUGGAAAGAUCCGUAUCAAAGUGCCCCAGAUCCAUGUUUAUUUUCGACGAAAUGGACAAAAUGCCGCCAGGUCUCAUAGAUGUGCUUAAACCUUACUUAGAUCACAACCCCGCUGAUGCAGGCAAGAUCGAUUACCGUCAAAGUAUGUUCAUAUUCCUCAGCAAUACAGGGGGUCGUCUCAUCAACGAAGCUGUUCUUAAGCACUGGAAAGACGGAAAGAAACGAGAAGACAUCAAGAUCAAAGAGAUGGACGAAGUUAUCAAUCUCGGUAAAUUUAAUGGCAAAGGUGGAUUCUGGCAUUCUUCCCUUAUUGAAAAACAUCUCAUAGAUUACUUUAUUCCAUUUUUGCCGUUGGAGAGAUCUCACAUUAAAAUGUGUGCUGAAGCCGAGUUAAAAAGGAAAGGACACCCAGUCACAGAAUCCAACCUUAAUAGAGUAGCAGAUGAAUUAUCAUACUUUUCGAAAGCUGAAAGCCUUCUCACAGUCUGGCUAUAAGACAAUUUCAAGCAAAGUAGACUAUGUUAUGGGGUGAGGAAUUUUAAAAACCUUGAACUUGGGGCAUACUAGGCAACAAGUCACACCCAUUCAGUGUGUAGACAAUUUUUAGGGAAUGGUUUUUGAAAAAAUUGCAUUACCUUUUCACUUACAUGACUUUGUAGACCUAUGGCAGUGACUUGCCUGUUGGUAACCUGACCUCUCAAACUUAGUUUUAGAAGUGGGUGGGAAGGGGGGCAUAAGUUCAGCAGAGGGUGGAGACUAAGGUGUUGGAGGCAUGUUUUGAUAUGUAAUAUGAUAUUAUCUGACGAGAGAAAAAGGGACCUGAGAGAGAACAAGGUAUCUUGGAGAGAAUGAAGACUAAGUUUAGUUUCUAAAUAAAGUUUUGUACUGCUUUAGAGAGUAAAAAUAUACUUGGUUGAUAAGAGA